GGAGGAGUGACGAACAGGAUACUGACUGUCGCCAGCAACUCACUACGGCAACUUCAGGUUUAAUCUGCUUCAACUCUUGCACAGAUGUCUUCUCGAAAACACACUGCUAGCAUUCAAAACAGCCACUAUGUACCAUCUGGCCUUGCUAGAGCUGCCUUUGUUGCUGCCUCAAAUGGUCUUUCCAUUGGUGCUGGUCCAUCCUCCAUUAAAACUGCCGAUGGUCUCAAGUCCCGCGAUAGUCGCUACUCUCUUGCUGCGUUAUGGUCAAUGGCUGCUGAGAACGAUGUUGAGGUUGAUGACGAGUUGACCAAAGCCCAGAAAAAACUGCGUGAUCUCAAACUCAGAAUAUCUUCUCAAUCUAAACGUAAUUUUGUUCUUGAACGAGAUGUCCGCUAUCUUGAUUCUAGAAUUGCACUUCUCAUUCAAAAUCGCAUGGCUCUGUCCGAACAGCAAGAAGUUGCAAGCCACCUUGAAGAACUUGAAAUGGGAGAGGGUCACAUUCCAGACGAUCGUCGUCGCCAACUGUAUGCCAAUUUAUUUUAUCUAUUACAAUCAGAGCCUCGUCACAUUGCUGGUCUUGCAAGAAUUGUCAGCCUCUCUGAAAUUGAUACGCUUUUGCAAACGGUCAUGUUUACUAUUUUUGGAAACCAAUAUGAGGCUCGUGAAGAAUAUUUGUUACUUUCCAUGUUCCAGAAUGUAUUGUCAGCAGAAUUUGAAGGCGCAACAGAUUUUGGAAGUUUAAUGCGUGCAAACACUCCGAUUUCUCGAAUGAUGACAACUUAUACUAGACGUGGGCCAGGACAAUCAUAUCUUAAGAAUGUGUUGGCAGAGCGCUUAAACAAAAUGAUCGAGUUGAAAGACUUGGAUUUGGAGAUCAAUCCAUUAAAGGUUUAUGAUCAAAUGAUCAAGGACAUUGAGAUUGCGACAGGUCAAACAUGCAAUCUGCCUCGUGGAAUUACUGCCGAAGCAGCACUAAAAAAUACGGAUGUUCAAGCCAUCAUUGCACCUCGGGUCAGGACAUUGAUUGAAAUUGGAAACUCAUUUCUUGCUGUUAUUAUGAACUCUUUAAAGCAAGUGCCAUACGGCAUUCGAUGGAUAUGCAAGCAGAUUCGCUCAUUGACAAAAAGAAAAUAUUCGGAUGCAAGCGAUUCUCAAAUAUGCUCACUUAUUGGUGGCUUCUUCAUGCUUCGAUUCAUUAACCCUGCUAUUGUUACCCCACAAGCAUAUAUAAUUGUGGAUGGAACACCCCAAAAAAACACUCGUCGCACUUUAACAUUGCUUGCUAAAUUGCUACAGAAUCUAGCCAAUAAGCCUUCCUACGCCAAGGAACCCUACAUGAUGGCACUUGCACCGUUUAUCGAGCACAACAAACCAAUCUUCAAUCAGUUUUUGAAUGAAUUGUGUGAGAUUGGAGAUUUUAAUGAAUCACUCGAGAUGGAACAAUAUAUCGCUCUUUCUAAAAAGGAAAUUGAUCUUAACAUUACAAUGAACGAAAUUCACAAUACGCACGGUCUUCUUGCACAGCAUAUGGAUAUUCUUGCAAAAAGUCAUUUGCGCAUUUGUCUGGUUGAUCUUGGUCCUGCGCCGCCCCAAGUGCCCCGUUUGGAAAAUAAACAGAUUUCACUGCAACUGUUUUCACGGUGGGAUCAGACUAACCAAGUAGAGACCCCGUCAGCAGCCGGCGCUGAUCAGCAGACAUAUGGAGAUUUUUUGUAUAUGGACACCAAGGCGUUGUUUGUGCAAAUUCUACGUUUGGCGCCUGGUCUGGCAUCUCAAAAACCUGUUAUGCUAGGCAAGGUAGUGGAGUUUGCUGCCACAUCGCGUGACGCUGCUCUUGUUCGUAAAGGUCUAAAGAUUGGCGAUAUGCUUCUAGAACUGGAACGGCUUGGUUUGGUGGAUGCUAGUAACGGCCAUAGUCUCAUGGUUGAAGAAAUCCUCAAAGAACUUGUACAUCUUGGUAACCUCAAGGACAAGAUAAACACGGAAAUGGAGUCUCUUGAGGCUGUAUACAAGACCAUUCAAGACCAUAACGACUAUCUUCGAUCACAGCUAGAAACAUACAAAGCAUACCUGUACAAUGUUCGUAACAACAGUGGUAUAUCUGCCAAGAAAACAGCACAUCACAAGAACAUGGCGCCUAUAAAGUUUACCCAUCAGAAACUGGAACAGGAAGGAAUCAUUGUUGAAAGCAAUAUUCCCGAGAAUAGACGCUCGAAUAUAUACUUUACGAUAUCGUCGCCAAAUCCUGGAACUUAUAUGAUUGCACUAUGUUUUAAAGGUCGUGACAAGCCAAUUUUGGAAAUGGAUUUAAAGCUUGACGAUCUUCUUGAAAAGCAGCAGCUUGGCGUACAAACACUUGAUGUGGAAUAUGUGACACUUAGUGUAGCCAAGAUGCUUGCAUUGCUCAAUAACUCAUUCAACAAGAAAUGAAGAAUAUAUUCUCAGUC